AUGUCUUUUCAAGUGGCAAUAGCGGGGGCGACCUCGACCGCCUUGAGAAUAUUAUCUUACCUAUUUCUUCGAUGGUUUCCUGGUCCGGGUUUGAUCAUCAAGGGUGCUGUUCCGGUGACAGUCUUUACGUUGUUCGCCCUCUAUGUUCCCACAUUCAUCAGCAGCUACUCCUCGGAGCUCCAGUAUGAGAUCGUGGAAGAUGAGAUCGAUAUUGUGGUCAAGACAUCCGCAUCGUCUCCUGAAGAAGAAGAUGAUGAUGAUAUCGCGGCAGCGUCAAACGAAGCAGAAGCUACAAUUGAAGAAGUCGACGUCCAGGAAACAGUUGUCGCACGGCGGAGAUCAAGCCAGCCAUUGCGCACGCUGCUGAUGGGCAUACCAAGCCCGACGAGUACAUCUCUAUCUCUAGCAACGUUCCUCAUCAAUCUCGGCCUAGUUCUCAUGAGCGCCGAUUUCCUCCUUAGUUCACGUCUAUAUUACCCCAGCAAUGAUCUCUCGUUUGUUCGGUUAGGGUAUGUUUCGUACAACGAAGCCAACUUUUUGAUACGCGAACCCGACGAGGCAAAAUUGCCUGUUGCGCUUGAUAUCCGUAUAAAGGAUCCCCAGGCCCCCUUUGAUAACACUCGCUGGACAAGGGGGGGCAAUGUCCUGCGGAUCACCAACGAUACAGACUAUACGGUUCCUCUAACGGUUCCUCUCGGCCAUUCUCACCAACGGGUCUAUGAGUGGAGGACAUCCAAUAAUCAUUCCGGGGAAUUCCUAGUUCCCCCGCGACCGGGGCAGACCUCGGAGUACCAUGGAGGAAAUUUUACUUUCCUCGCCACUUCCUGUAUCCUCCCGCGGUUUCCCUACACUCCAUCUAACCCCCCGCUGGCCAUUCCCGGUCUCAGAUAUCUUGCCGAGAUCCUGCCAUCCCUUGGUGCCCAGUUCAUGCUUUUCAUGGGCGAUUUCAUAUACAUCGACGUGCCUCUGAGGUUUGGUAAGACAAAGGAGGACUAUCUUCAAAAGUACAGACAGGUUUAUGCCUCGCCAGAUUGGCACCCAGUCUCACAGAAUUUAAGUUGGAUUCACGUCCUUGAUGAUCACGAAAUAGAAAAUGACUGGUCUGCAAACACAACGGGCAUUUACCACACAGCAUUUGAGCCCUGGCAGAUCUAUAACAACGCCGUGAAUCCGCCCCGGGCGAAAAUCUCCGGCUCAGGCCCAAGCCGAGAAAGCGCGACGUGGUUCGAGUUUACGCAAGGUCCCGCAUCGUUCUUUUUGCUUGACACCAGGAGUUACCGCUCAAGCAACGACGCGCCUGCCACUAGCACGGAGAAGACAAUGCUUGGCCAGGAACAACUCGAUGACUUCCUCUCCUGGCUCCGGCGCCCCGAACCCAGGGGUGUUAAAUGGAAGAUUAUUGCUUCAUCAGUUCCAUUCACAAAGAAUUGGCCAGUCAAUAGCAAAGAUACCUGGGGAGGUUUCCUCUCGGAACGAUCUGUCAUCCUCGAAGCCAUGUGGGACGCAGGCACCCGUGGUAUGGGAGUUGUAAUUGUGUCAGGGGAUCGUCACGAGUUUGCAGCCACCAAAUUCCCCCCUCCCCGAGACUCGAAGUGGUCGGCUUCGGUAGCCCCUUAUGAGUUUUCGGCCAGCCCCCUCAACCAGUUCGCAUUCCCUCUUCCUACCUACAAGCAAACCGACGAGGAAGAUGUCAUGCUAGAGUACAUUAACAGGGGAUCCUCCAAGUUUGGAUCUCUAACGAUGUCAAACGUUGCAGCCGAGGAGGAUCAGGCUAGUCUUCAUUAUCGCUUGUUCAUCGAUGGCCAGGAAAGGUGGAAUAUUACUGUGAAAACCCCACCAACACCGAGGAGGAAGAACGAAAAGAGUACCGGCUCAUUCUGGGAUUUCUUAAAGGGUUAUGGGGCCUAG